AUGGCCUCCGGCCAGUGCCGCCGAUCCGGGGGACUCCUCCUCGUCCUCCUCGUCCUCCUCCUCGUCCUCCUCCUCCUCCUCCUCCUCCUCCUCCUCCUCCUCCUCCUCCUCCUCCUCGGUGACCCGGGGCCGUCCCGCCGAGAGGUCCCUUGGCUGACGGGAGAGGCUGUUUUGCGCCAGCCUACUUCCAGCGAGCGAGAGUGGCCCGGCCACGCCCGCCGUCGCACCGGCCAGCGUGAGCCACCGUGCCGCAGCGUGCAUCCCUGCUUCCUUCCUCCCCCUCGUCAUGAUUCAUCUUAG